CUUAGAUGAAUCUACUUGUUUUGUUGCGGAUUUUGAUGUGGAAUUGCGAUUUUUAAGAUCUACUUGAUGUGAUAAUUCAUGCGAUUGGUUUUAUGUAGUUGUUAUUGUUUGUUUCAUGAAUUCAACUUAUUUUUUCUUUAUCUCAUAUAUGUUAUUUCAUGUUUUUAGGGAUAAUUUACAUGUUAUAAACUUAUGAUUCGAAUGAAUUUCUGGUAUAACUUGUUAAUUCAUGUUUGUUUGUUUCAUGGAACUAAAUGAUAAGAAAAUUUAUGUUACAAUUUGUAGAUACGCAUAUUUGUGUUCACUUGUUCUUGUUUAAUUUCAUCAUGUCAAUUUUUCAAUCAGGGAUGAAUGACCUGUCAUCCCCGGUAGUGGUUAUUAUAGCUUAUGAUCUUGCACUGAAGGCAGAAGCACCACUUGGCUGUGCAAUACUACUUAUCAUAAAUCAUAACCUUGCUAUAGCCUGAGCCGAUUACUUGGAGAAUGUCAGGAAGAGGUCAUCCCAUAGCACCUGGAAUGAUUCGGCAUGGCCGACCCCCUGGAAUUGGUGCUCCUGCUGGUCAACACCUUCUAGAUCCUGAUGUAGGUGCACAGGUUAGAAAAAUAGAUCAUCUUGUAAUGGAAAAUCGGAGACUGGCGGCAUCAAUAGCAGCUAUGAGACAGGAUCGUGCCAUGGCUGUUGAGAAAAUACAUAGACUCAGGGAACACAUUCGAAGCAUUGAGACAGAAAGUGAUAUUCAAAUUCGGGUUUUACUUGAUAAACUUUCAAAUAUGGAGCUGGGCCUUAAAGCUGGAGAGAGUGUGAAGAAGGACUUGCAGCAGGCACACCAGGAGGUACAAAGCUUAAUAGGGGCUAGACAAGAGCUGACAUUAAAGAUUCAGCUACUUAGUCAGGAGCUUGAGAAGUGGCAUUCUGACAUCAAGAGGAUUCCUGAUAUGCUCUCAGAAUUAGACAGUAUGAAGCUGGAGCACCAACGUCUACGUUCUGCCUUUGAGCAUGAAAAGAGCAUGAACGUGGAUCUAGUGGAACAUAUGGAGAAGAUGGAGAAAAACUUAGUCAGCAUGGAAAGGGAAGCAAAAAUCCUACGAGCAGAAGUACCAUAUAUGGAGAAGAGAGACCAAGCUCCCUAUGGUGGUGAAUACCCAAAUCGAGAAAUCGAGCACCCUUCUCUAUACCACAACAAUGAGUCAUAUUAUGGCAUUGGCACAUACAGAAGAGAAGCAAUGGAAGGAACAGCCACUCAUAGCAAUAGUAACGGUCCAUCUCCUGCAGUUGGCGCCACUCAUAGUCCCCGGGUUUUGGGUGACACAGGCUUAGGCUCUUAUAGGAUCUUAUGAUCCAAAUUUGUACGAAAGUAGAGAGAAUGAAGCAGUGAAAAUGAAACUUUUCACAUGAUUUGGGUUGCUUUAUCCAGAUCUAAUGACUAGUGCUUGCUGCAAAGUCAUUUCUUAAUUACAGGAAAAAUAGCAUGUUUAGCAAAAUUAGAUGAAGUGGCAUUUAUUAGAUUUUGCAAUUGUUUUCAGUUGCUAAUUUGUUAUCGUAGUUUUUUUUAGGUAUUAGCUCUUAGAUGCAUAAGUUAAAAGUCCAUAUAGAUUAGUUUCUAGACAAUUGGUGUUCAUAAUACUGAGUGUUGAAUUAGCAGAAUCAUCAACAACGUUAAAAGGUUUUAUCUCC